AUGAAGUCCGCAGCGUACCGCAUGGACAUGGCCGGACCCGCGUCAGCACCAGCGGGGACCACAGGAGGAGGAACAACCAUAUGUAACAACAGGAAGAACACCACCAGCACCACCGGCGGGACCCGGGGGCGCACCAGCACCAAGGGCACCAAGGGCUAUGGCUCGUGGUGCGGCCCUGCUGGAAUCGGCGGAAGUCACAGAAACACUGGGCGCCACUAUUUGGAAGCCGCUUUCUCGAACAAACCCUUAAGCCCAUUCGUUGCCGUUCUAUCUUCCUCAAGAAGAUCUGCCUUUUAG